GAAUCCGUAUGCAAAUCGGCCAUGUGACGGCAAAAGCCGCCUGGCCCAGCCCUGUUCCUCAGUCCAUAUAUGGGCAGCGACGUCACGGCAUUGAAGACCUGCCCAUAAAUACUUAGAGCAACACUUUCCGUCUAACCGAGAGAGCAGCAAUUGAUUAAUAGCUCGGCGAGGGGACACACUGACUGUUAUAAUAACACUACACCAGCAAUUCCUGGCUUUCCAACAGCCGGAACACGGACAGGAGAGAGUCAGUGGCAAACAGCCGUUUUUCUUCUUUCUUAAAAAAAAAUACAGCAACUUGUUUGCUAGUUUUAUUUCUGUUGGAUAUUUUUCUUUUCUUUUUAGUGGUGGUUGUUUCUAAGUGUGGAGGGCAAAAGGAGAUACCAAUCCAGGCUCAGUCCUAUCCCUCUCCAAAACGGCUUCUCUGACACUCCAGGUAGCGAGGGAGUUGGGUCUCCAGGUUGUGCGAGGAGCAAAUGAUGACCGCCAAGGCCGUAGACAAAAUCCCAGUAACUCUCAGUGGUUUUGUGCACCAGCUGUCUGACAACAUCUACCCGGUGGAGGACCUCGCCCCCACGUCGGUGACCAUCUUCCCUAAUGCCGAACUGGGAGGCCCCUUUGACCAGAUGAACGGAGUGGCCGGAGAUGGCAUGAUCAACAUUGACAUGACUGGAGAGAAGAGGUCCUUGGAUCUCCCAUAUCCUAGCAGCUUUGCUCCUGUCUCUACACCCAGAAACCAGACCUUCACUUACAUGGGCAAGUUCUCCAUUGACCCCCAGUACCCUGGCGCCAGCUGCUAUCCAGAAGGCAUCAUCAAUAUUGUGAGUGCAGGCAUCCUGCAAGGGGUCACUUCCCCAGCUUCGACCACAGCCUCGUCCAGCGUCACCUCGGCCUCCCCCAACCCAUUGGCCACAGGACCCCUGGGUGUGUGCACCAUGUCCCAGAACCAGCCUGACCUGGACCACCUCUACUCUCCGCCACCACCUCCUCCUCCUUAUUCUGGCUGUGCAGGAGAUCUCUACCAGGACCCCUCGGCGUUCUUGUCCGCUGCUACCACCUCCACUUCUUCUUCUUUGGUCUACCCACCGCCUCCUUCCUACCCAUCUCCAAAGCCAGCCACGGACCCAGGUCUCUUCCCCAUGAUUCCAGACUAUCCAGGAUUUUUCCCACCUCAGUGCCAGAGAGACCUACAUGGUACAGCUGGCCCAGAUCGCAAGCCCUUUCCUUGUCCCCUGGACUCCCUGCGGGUUCCCCCUCCACUCACUCCACUCUCUACCAUCCGUAACUUUACCCUGGGGGGACCCAGUGCUGGGGUCACAGGACCAGGGGCCACUGGAGGCAAUGAGGGACCUCGGCUGCCUGGCAGCAGCUCUGCAGCAGCCGCUGCUGCUACCUAUAACCCACAUCACCUGCCACUGCGGCCCAUCCUGAGGCCUCGCAAGUACCCUAACAGACCAAGCAAGACGCCAGUGCAUGAGAGGCCUUACCCAUGCCCAGCAGAAGGCUGUGACAGGCGGUUCUCCCGUUCUGACGAGUUGACAAGGCACAUCAGGAUCCAUACAGGGCAUAAGCCCUUCCAGUGUCGGAUUUGCAUGCGAAACUUCAGCCGAAGCGACCACCUCACUACUCACAUUCGCACCCAUACGGGUGAGAAGCCCUUUGCCUGUGACUACUGUGGCCGCAAGUUUGCCCGGAGUGAUGAAAGGAAGCGCCACACCAAGAUACACCUGAGACAGAAAGAACGGAAAAGCAGUGCCCCCUCCUCAUCAGUGCCAGUCCCCUCCACUGCCUCCUGCACUGGGGGCUCACAGGCUGGGGGCAGUCUGUGCAGCAGCAACAGCACUAUUGGUGGAGGGCCACUGGCCCCUUGUUCUUCUCGGACCCGGACACCUUGAGACUGAAGCUGACAACAUCAGUUCCUCCAGGCCCUGGAGGCCCUUUGUCCAUUCCAGCUGCACGACAAACACUACCACCUUUCCCUGCUCCUCCCUUCUUUUGUUGGGCAAAGGGCUUCAGUGGAGCUCAGCCCUGCUCCUCCUUCCUCUUAGAAGUGAGUCCUUCCUAAAACAGCCUAUCUUAGUGUCUCUAGUUGACUUAUCACCCCAAGGCAAUGGGGAGGCUCAGAACGGGGUUGGGUGUGGACCCCUGGCCUUGAGGGCUGAGGUCCAACUCUGCUUUUAAAGGGUUCUUUGACUAGAAGGGUUUUGUCUCCCUUCCAUUUAUUUUGACCCAUGACAGGUUUUUGAUCCUGGAUGUCACAGUUGAUCUGAGACUUUUUCUACAGUAGGUUGAGAGAUGCUGAUCUCUUCAAAUGGGGACAGCAAGAAGACAAGCAAAACUGAUGUGCACUUUAUGGCUUGGGACUGAUUUGGGGGAUGCUGUACAGUGAGCAAAACAUGGCCUUUGUGCUGCAUUUGGUGGCCAUAGAACAGCCAAUCAAAGCUUAUCUAGUCAUCUCAACCCUUUAAGCAAUAUGUAUUAUAAACUCAGAGAACAGAAGUGCAAUGUGAUGGGAGGGACAUAGCAAUAUCUGCUCCUGUUUGAGUUGAAAAUGUAGACUAUUUUUUCAGCGUAUAUCCACUCAGAUUUUGUGUAUUUUUGAUGUGCACUGUUCUCCAAGUUCUGAACCUUUGGGAAAAAAAUGUAGAUUUAUGAUCUCUUGAAAUGAGUCAGAGAUUAACUUAUUUAAAGAGGGAUGUACAUAUAUUCUCUAAAACUAGGAUGCAUGCAAUUGUGUUGGAAGUGUCCUUGGUGCCUUGUGUGAUGUAGACAAUGUUACAGGGUCUGCAUGUAAAUGGGUUGCCUUACUAUGGAAAAAAAAAAUUCACUCCCUGGGUUAAGUAUGGCUGUAUAUUUCUGCCUAUUAAUAUUUGGAAUUUUUUUUUAGAAAGUAUAUUUUUGUAUGCUCUGUUUUGUGACUUAAAAGUGUUACCUUUGUAGUCAAAUUUCAGAUGAGAAUGUAAAUAAUGUUACCAGAGCCAAUUUGUUUGGUUAUUAGCUCUUAAUAGUUGUGGAAAAU